AUGCUUGUAUCAAAUCAGGAAUGUAGCUUCACUUUCAACGAUCAGUAUACCAUGCACCCGUCGCUGUUGGUUCUAGCCGCAGCUUAUGUCCCCGUCGCAUCGGGUAUGUUUGCGAAUUCGACGGCAAUGUAUGUCAAUUCGACGGCAAUGUAUGUCAAUUCGACUUGGGGAACAGCAAGCCCCGCCCGUGUGUUGGAAACCGACGCUCUUGAGACGCUGAGUUACACGACUUUGGAGUACGGUGAGGUUUAUGUGACAACGCCAGAUUCCAGACCCGUGCGGGUUUCGGCCUCGAGCAGUGCAGAGAGUCUUACCGCAGCUGGUACUGCGAGCUCAUUGAGUGUGUUCGAAACUGACGGUAGCACUGCGAAUACUGUGAGUACGUCUGUGGGUGGUGCAGCAACGGGCCCCACGACUGCUGGGAACCCACAGCUAAGAGUGAGCAGCCUAGCUAGUAGAGCGAUGAGCGUGAGUACAGUUUCACACUCGAGUACUGACCGUGUUGCCGAUGAAGCGAGUACCAGCGCGAGUACCAGCGCGAGCACCAGCGCGAGCACCAGCGGCCCGAGAUCAGUCGUCCAAGUCUCUACUUCUCCCGCGAGCCAUUGGCUUACCCACACGGCGUCCUCGUCCACUAGUACCAUUCACAAGGCUACUGUGACUACCUCGACUAGUGUGUCUGCAUCGUACGUCUCCACAGUUUCGUCCAGAUCCGAAAUGCCAUUGGUAACCCAUUCUUUGGCCAGCUCCUCGCUGUCGCAGAGCAUAUCCACUUCCUAUACUGCUCCGAAAACCAUUACAGAGUCGAGCACCAUAAGUGUAGCUAGUGACGAAAGCAGCGGCAGCAACAGCAGUGGGCCAAGCACUUUGCAUCAAAGCAAAAGUGGGAUGAACUCAAUGAGUUCGAUUUCUGAGUCUAGAGAGGUGGCUUCCAUGAGCAACGACAUAAUACGCUCCGAUAUUUCCACUUCCUUUAGCUCGUCUCCCUAUGUGAUCAUUCCUUCAUUGUCCAUUGCGUCUUCCGAGAGCCGCGUGCCCACUGUUACUGGGGCCUCAUCUAUUGCGGGGGCUUCGGCUUUGAUAAGCUCAUUCUCCUUCUCUACGUCUACCCUAACGAUUGGAUCUUUGAGCGUCGACCCAUCGUCCGCCACCGCCUUCCCAUUUUCGAACACGUCCUUGGCAUCCUCGUCUUAUUCUGCCUUCCCUAUUGUUAGUAUGGCGAAUUCUACAGCUAGUUCAGCGACUUUCCCCUCCAGCACACAAGCAACAAGCGUGAGAUCCAGCUCCUCAACCGGCACCGAAACUACAAACAACUCUACGUCCAAUAGCUCCACCACAAAUGUUCUCCCGGUAUCGAUGUCCGGCACCAUGAGCGCAGGCGAGUUUGGAAGUUCAUCUGAACCCCAUAUAUACUCAACGUCGCCUAGCUCAUCAACGUCCCCUAGCUCAUCAGCGUCUCCUAGCUCAUCAACGUCCCCUAGCUCAUCGGUGUCCCCAAGCUCAUCGGCGUCCCCAAGCUCAUCGACGUCCCCUAUCUCCUCAAGCUCCUCAGCUACCUUAAGCUCGUCAACGUCGUCAAGUUCCUCAAGCUCCUCGACCUCGGUCCCGGCAUUGUCCUCCACUUCCGUCUCCUCCGCCACAGCCUCUAGCGUCAACCUAUUCAACGCUAUCGACACAGAAGCUCCUCCUUCCGUAUUUGCUAGACACUCUAACCCGCUCGAUCUCUCAAAUGGUGUUCUCAACUCUGAUGCGCCCUAUGAAACCAACAAGUUUUACACCAAUUUGAUUGUAGGUGAUCAAUCCAGUGCAUCCUUCGUAUAUCCAUACUCCCUAUGGAAAUACUCAUCCAACGACGCGUAUGGGUUUGCUGUUUCUCACACUACGAAAGAGCAGUACGCCUUUGGAAACUAUGACAGUGCAGGCUAUUCUGAGUAUCUAGUCAACCCGUUAGGCAUUGCCUCACUCGUAUUUUCGGCAACAUCCUUCGCUCAGUCGAGUUUCAACAUGUUCGUAAGUGACAUGACCAUGUCGUCUUGCGAUGUUACCAUCAACGAUGGCUCUACCAGCAAUAUUCUACAAAUUCCUCUAGUACAAGGCAUGGGCUUCUCCACCGGUAUCUACCACGGAUCUUUAACGCCAGUUAUCAGAACAUCUGCAGCAUUCAUGUCAUUAGAACAAGUUUCCUCUGAUGUCUUGCCCGAGGGUGUUUUGAAAUAUCGUAUUGGGUUGAACAGCGGCUCGACCUGGCUGAUAUAUGUGACCUUACCGGACGGCUACUCCGAAGACUCAUUUUCUUUUACCUAUUCAGAUGCCUCGACAAUACUCGGAUCUCAGGCAAUUGACGGCCUGAUCGUUCAAUUUGCCGUGGCUCCUGAUGACGACGCUUACGAAACCUACUAUGAUAACGCGGCUGGUAUGUACCCAACAACCUUCGAAUUAACAGGUUCCUCAGAUGGGGCCACCGCGCAAUACUCAUUCGAGUACCAAACUUCAGGUAAGUCAGUCUCCGGUAACACCAUGGUUUUUGCAUUUCCCCACCACAUGUCUGCUCUUUCUACGGCCUCGCAAGCUGCUCUCACUGGCAUUACGUUACAAUCGACCACGAAGGGUACUAUGCAAGGCUUAUUGUCCAAUAGUAUAUCUUUCACCGAAAGCAUAAACACUGAAAUAGGCUGGUUGCCUUGGUCUUCUCAGUUGGGUGAAAACAGUCUCAGCUACAGCACCGAACAGUUAAAACUACUUGCGGAAACUGCCAAUUCAGAAAUCAACAUUAAUGUUUGGGACUCAAUCUGCGGGCUCAACACAUAUUACUUGGGCAAGGUAGCCGACAAGUACAGUUAUAUUCUUCUAACAAUCGCCGAUAUCUUGCAAGACUCUGAAGUCGCGCAGGCCGUGGUCGCUAAUUUGAAAGAAGCGAUGGACAACGUGGCCUUGAACCAACAGCUGUAUCCAUUGUACUACGACACCAAAUUCGGCGGUAUUGUUUCAUCCGGGGAUUGGGCAUCCACCUCCACGGGCUAUGACUUUGGCAACACAUACUACAACGACCAUCAUUUCCAUUACGGGUACAUCAUUCACGCUGCGGCAGUCCUGGGGCGGAUAGAUCAAGAACAAGGUGGAACCUGGGCUCAGGAGAACAAGGGCUUUGUCAACAGUUUGAUAAGGGACGUCGCCAACCCUAGCUCUUCGGAUUCAUUUUUCCCGGUUUCCCGUAUGUUUGACUGGUUUGGAGGCCACUCAUGGGCCGCCGGGCUCUUCGCUAAUCCUAACGGUAAAAAUGAAGAAUCUAGUUCCGAGGAUUACAACUUUGCGUACGCAAUGAAGCUUUGGGGGUCUGUGAUUGGCGAUGAAUCAAUGGAAAGACGCGCGGAUGUCAUGAUUGCGAUAAUGAAGAGGUCCAUGAACUCGUAUUUCCUCAUGGCUGAAGACAACGAAGUGGAACCUUCUGAAAUCUGCGGAAAUCAGGUUGCAGGCAUUUUGUUUGACAACAUCAUCGACUACACGACUUACUUUGGCACCGCAGUGCAGUAUAAGCACGGUAUUCACAUGAUUCCGAUCACACCUGUAUCUUCCGAAAUCAGAACGCCGUCUUUUGUGCAGCAAGAAUGGGAAGGGACACUAAGCACGGUGGUCGAUGGACUCAGCGAUGGUUGGAAAGGGCUCUUGAAAUUAAAUCAAGCGUUGUACGAUCCAGUGAGCGCUUAUGAGUUCUUUUCGGCCUCAGACUUCGAUUAUGGUACUUUGGACAACGGUAUGUCAAGGACUUGGUCGCUGGCAUUUUCUGGGGGGCUUGCUUACUCUUCGGCAUAG